AUGAGACAAAGAAUUAAUAUUAAUAAAAACCUAAAUUUCAGAUAUUUAAACCUAAGUAAGAUAGGAGUAAGACAUUCAGCCUGUAAAGAAACAAUAGUUGUUCUCAUGGAGUCGGAAGACAUUGCGGAAAUAGUGGAAAAUCCAGUGGUUGCCCAAGAACAUCCAGUUGAUCAUAUAUAUUCAAGAUUAGCUACAAAUCCUCCUGCAUCUUCUUUUCUCAAUAUUGGACACACAUGUGCUAGUUCAUCUGGCUCACAAAUGACAGAAGGCAUGGAAUUUGACCAAGAUCCCUCCAUAUCAAUAUUAGAAACAGAAUCGACAGCUAUUGUGUGUGACCAAGGCUCGACAUUUAGAACAGCCAUAAAUAUAAUAAAUAUGGAGACUGAACGCAAAAGGAUUUUAAAUGAGGAAUAUAAUGAUGGAACUAUUGAGAUAUCAGGACAACAGUUAAGUGUGGUAUAUGAUCCACCGCACUUACUUAAAGGGCUUAGAAACAACCUUCUUCUUACAAAAGACAUGGUUUUCAAGGGCAAAGUUGCCACAUGGAAGGUUAUAGAAACUGUAUUUGACUCUGAUUGCCAACUAGGUCAUACUAGAAUAGAAAAGAAGAUGAAAGUUAGUGUAGCUGCCCAAACUCUGAGUGCAACAACCAGUGGAAUGCUUAAAUACACUGCAUUGUUCAAAACUACAACCUCGGGUGAAAAUGUCUGUGAGACAAUGGCCACUACAGAAGAUAAAGGAGAUACAAUAAUAGAUUUAUUGCAACUCAUAUCCUCAUCCAAUGUUGAUGAGAGUUCCUCAUCAAUAUUUGAUGAAGAUAAAGAAAAUGCUAUAUGUAGUGGACCCAUAACAAAGACCAAAAACAUUAGCGGUUGCGAUCGGUCACUAACUCCAGUGAACGAAAGAUUGCGCGUGCACUCUUCUGCCUAUACAGCAGGGUAA